UACCAGUCACACCACCAAUUAUCGGUUCCGUAUCUCUGAUUCGAUUCUCUUCACCUGACUGCAGGACCCGCGUGUGUACGCGUAAUUAAUUCUCGACUCUCAACCAUGACUCAAACUUUGAACUGGAUUCCAUUGGAAAGUAAUCCUGAGGUCUUCAACGGCUGGUCAAGCAAAGCCGGAUUAGACAUCGCGAAUGACUCGUUUAAUGACCUUUACUCGUUCGAUCCAGACAUGCUUUCAAGGAUCCCCAGACCCGUCAAAGCCGUCAUCUUUGUGUUUCCGUACACAGAAGCACGAUACAGAAGGGCUGCUGAAGAUGAACAAAUAGCCAAAGAAGGUGGAAAUAAAGUCGAUGAGAGUGUUUUUUGGAUGGGGCAAACGAUCAGGAACGCCUGCGGAGCAAUGGCGAUUGUUCACAGUCUGGCAAAUGCACCUGUGACUUUGGCCCCAGCCUCGCCCUUGUCCGAUUUCUACACCUCAGCUCGCCCAAAACCACCCCUCGAGCGGUCAAAGCUGUUUGCAGAUAUCCCAGAAUUCGCAACUAUCCACUCAUCGAUGACGACAGUCGGACAAUGUGUUCUACCUGAUAUCGACGAUCGUUGUGACCAGGCGUACACCGCUUUCGUUCUCUCCGGGAAGAGAGUGAUAGAACUGGAUGGAGGCCGUGCGGGACCUGUUGAUUGUGGUCAAUGCGAAGGAGAAGAAGACCUGUUGGAUGCAGUUGUAAGGAUUGGGAAGGAAAUUUUUAUUGGGAAGAGUGGGAGUAUCAAGUUCAAUAUGAUGUACCUUGGGCGGCCGAUAUCCGAAGAUUAAACUUAAGUACAUCAUCCAAUUAUCCUUGUGAAGUAAUCAACUUCGAGUGUACCUCUUACAUGUCCGGCCACCGCGCAACUAGACGUAUUAUCGGUAUGAGCUAGCAACUGAUUGCCUGC